AGGAGCACAAUAAUAGCUUGCUUCACAAAGAGGCUCUUCGCCUACAGCAAGCCUCUAAGGAGAAGAUAAUAGUUGAUAAGCCAAUUUAUGUGAAAGCACAGCUCUUAUGUCAAAAACGGCUGGAUCAAUUGUUGAGGCUGCAUUGAGAAGGGAUCCACAUGAAACAGAAUUCAUUCAGUCUGUUCAAGAAGUGGUUCAUGCUUUGGAAAGAGUAAUUUCAAAAAAUUCCAACUAUGUCAAUAUUAUGGAGCGGUUGUUAGAGCCUGAGCGUACCAUUAUCUUUCGGGUUCCAUGGGUUGAUGAUAGGGGUGAGACACAUGUCAACCGUGGAUUUCGUGUUCACUUUAACCAAACACUUGGUCCAUGCAGGGGUGGUCUGCGUUUUCAUCCAUUGAUGAACUUGAGCAUUGCCAAGUUUCUCAGUUUUGAACAGACAUUAAAAAAUGCUUUAUCUCCAUACAGACUUGGUGGCUCUUCGGGUGGGAGUGAUUUUGAUCCAAAAGGCAAAAGUGAUAAUGAGAUCAUGAAAUUUUGUCAGAGCUUCAUGAAUGAGUUGUACCGCUAUUUGGGUCCUGACAAGGAUCUUCCUUCGGAGGAGAUGGGUGUUGGCACCCGUGAAAUGGGUUAUUUGUAUGGACAAUAUCGGCGCCUGGCUGGUCAUUCUCAGGGAAGUUUUACAGGGCCUAGAGUAAACUGGUCCGGUUCCAGCCUUAGAACUGAAGCUACUGGUUAUGGAUUGGUAUUCUUUGCCCAACUUAUGCUUGCUGACACGAAUAAAGAACUGAAAGGACUAAGAUGUGCAGUUAGUGGUUCCGGAAAGAUAUCAAUGCAUGUCCUAGAGAAGCUUAUUGCAUAUGGUGCGCUUCCCAUAACAGUAUCAGAUUCAAAGGGUUAUUUGGUGGAUGAGGAUGGGUUUGAUUUCAUGAAAAUAUCUUUUCUAAGAGACAUUAAAGCUCAGAAUAGAAGUUUAAGAGACUAUUCAAAAACGUAUGCUCGUUCUAAGUACUACGACGAAGCAAAGCCUUGGAACGAAAGGUGUGAUGUUGCAUUUCCUUGUGCUUGCCAGAAUGAGAUCGAUCAAUCUGAUGCCAUCAAUUUGGUAAACUCAGGAUGCCGUAUACUUGUAGAAGGCUCAAACAUGCCUUGUACUCCUGAAGCAGUUGAUGUUUUGAGGAAGGCCAACGUUCUAGUUGCUCCAUCUAUGGCUGCUGGAGUGGGAGGGGUUAUAGCUGGGGAACUAGAACUAAAAGAGUGCAAUUUGAAUUGGUCUCCUGAAGAUUUUGAAUCUAAACUGCAGGAAGCAAUGAAGCAGACAUACCAGAGAGCACUCAAAGCAGCAACUGAUUUUGGUUAUCAGAAAGAGAGUCCCGAGGCAUUGGUUCAUGGAGCAGCCAUCUCUGCUUUUCUAACAAUUGCAAGUGGUAUGGCUGAUCAAGGAUGUGCAUAAACCACUAGUCGCCAUGCAACUUGCUGGAUAUUUUGCAUUUGACAGUUAAACAAACUUGCAAGUAUGUUCCUUUGGUCUUGAAGUCCCAGGGGUACAAGUUGUUAUAUAACCAAGAAGCACAUAUGGGAUCAUAUCAGUGGAAGCCUGUAAAUCCCUUGUAUCUUUUUAUAGUGUAGAUCAGAGCUGGUUUAACUAUUCAGGGCUUGAAAAUAUAUGCUUUCUGUCUAGUUUGAUACCUGUGAUUUUAGUUUAAACAGAAUUAUGGAGUGUGAGAUCUCAUAGUCCAUGUAAAUUUUUUUCAGACAUUUGGUGGACAAGCAAUCAAAAUAAGAUCCAUUUUUACUAACAGGA